CACCACUGCUACCACCGCCAUAGCCGACGUCUCCGCCCCUGCUUCAGACACCCACGACCGCCGCUCCAUCGAAGAAGAAAGAAGAAGAAAGCUCAGAGCACAAGACCACUUGCAGAUGGUGGCGUUGGUUGCGGCUUCAUCAUCAACCUCCGGAUUAACGGAGAGGAGAGGAAUUUCGGCGGCGGUGUUCGUGAAGAACUGUUCAGAUGAGCUAACUCCUAAUCUUCCAAUUAAAAAGGAUAUUGAGUUCAUGGAGAAGAGGAUUGAGGACCUUGAGAAGAGCAUGAAGGGGAGCAAUGAAUCCGAAGAGAUGCAGAAGAAAACUGGCUACAUUGUUCUCAGGGCUGAGGGAAUCUUUGAUGUGGAUGCUAAUACAUCCAUUGAUCAGCUAUCUGAUGAACUCGAGAUUAAAAUGCCCGAGGAGUUCAGUUAUGGAGAUCAGACAACACCAGGCAGUCCAGAUGAGAUGAAAUGUUUCUCAAGGAUUUAUAUUAAACCCCUGCUUAACACCUUAUGCCAAAACAAAGUCCAAGAUCUGGGAGGCAGAGUCGAGUCAAAUGACAAGGACCUCAAGAGGAUUAAGCAGGAGAUGAUGAGUGGAGCGAUAGAAAUCAAGGCAGCCAAGAAUAAGUCUUCUUAGGGGCGGUUAGAAUCAUUCUUCAAACCAGUUGCUAACACAUCAAUACCAGCUAAACGAAAGGUGAAGCUGAUUGAGGAAGAGUUCGCUUUGCCCGAAAGUCUGUGGAUCCCUUAUACAGGGUUGCUCUAUGUAUGAUGUUGUUAAGGCAAUUGGCAUGGAUGUGUAAGAACCUAAUUUUUAAUUUAAAAUUAUAAAUUUGUAAUUUAAUUUAUUGUUUUUACAAAUACUAUAGUAAUUUCAUAAUG